AUGAGGAAUCUUGAGACUCAAAUUGGGCAGAUUGCUACAGCAUCUCACACAAGAAUUCCUAAUGCUAUCCCGAGUGAUACGGUGCCCAAUCCUAAAGGUUUUGAACAGUGCAAGGCAGUUAAGUUAAGAAGUGGAAAGGAUCUUGAGUCUCCAAUCAUGAUAGAUGCACAAAAUGGCUCGAACAUCUCGCACGCAGGGGCGGACGAGGGGAUUGAGUGGGCUACUACCGAAGCUAGGGAAGGUCAACAAGAAAAAGAAGAGUCAACCAUGAGUGAUAUCCACAAGAAGAAUUCACUAAGUCCGGCAAUGGACCCGAAGUGUCCAUUUAAUUUUCCAGAUUUUAUCCCGCCACCACCUUUCCCAGUCGAGAAUAAGAAGAAGGGUAGGAAAAUAAUUCAAGAGAAAGGACUCGAUUGGUUGAUGAACAUUAUCAGGAAAGUUAAUGUAGAUGUGUCCCUGGUGGAUUUGUUCCUACACUUUCCUAAAUUCUCCAAGUUUUUUAAGGAUCUUAUUGCGAAAAAGGAGAAGAUACAAGACGAUGGUGUGGUGGUAUUGAGCGCAUUUUGCUCACAAUUUGUGAAGGGAAAGAUGCCGGCAAAGAGAAGAGACCCUGGAAGCUGUGUGAUCCCAUGUGAGAUGGGAGAUAAGAAGUUCCCAAAGUGCCUACUUGAUCAAGGCUCGGGAAUAUCAUUGAUGGCUCUGAAAACCGCACGGUCAAUCGGUCUAGAAGCGAGGAUUGAACCAAUCGACAUUGACCUACAAUUGGCGGAUCAUUCAAUUGUGAAACCAAAAGGUAUCAUCGAGGAUGUCUUGGUGAAGGUUGAUAGAUUUGUACUCCCGGUUGACUUCAUUGUCCUAGAGAUGGAAGAGGACAAGGAUAUGCCUAUCCUCUUUGGUAGGCCAUUUUUAGCAACCGGUGAUGUUGUGAUAGAGACCAAGACAAAUACGGUCAUGUUUCGAGUAGAUGGAGAGAAUGUGGUGAUCAAGCAAGAGAAGGCGGGGAAGCGUCUAUUGGAGCCGGGAUAG